UAAUCAAUCAAAUUUAGAAGUAACUUGUCGCGAAUUUAGCUGACAAUUCAAUCAAAGACAAUUCAAGAAUUUAGUUUGACAAUUCAAAAAAUUUGACAACAUAACCUCCAAAGAUUUAUCGCGGUCGAAAGUUGUCAAACAAUCACAGAAAUUUUUUUGUUAUGGUUGUAAUAUAUUAACCUCAUAAUACCAUAUGUGUGAUUCACGAAAAUACACAAAACUUUGAAUCUUUCCUGACUCCUUUGUUUCAUAAGCUUUGAUUAGUCACUCAGAAGACGAUCGCAUUUACCGCGUGUUUCAGUUGGUUUCAGUCGUACUGUAAUUAUUUCAGUAUUGUAAUUAGCGCUGUUUAGCAACGAUUAGUGGUGUUUAUGACGGAAAAUGCAUCAUACAAGAUCAUGGAGCCAUUCGUAAAUCCUCAAAACUUUCCCGUGGAACACUUAAAGUUAGUGUUUAAAACUUCUGGAGUUGUUGAGUACAUUGAUGCCUUGAGUGAUAAGUGGGCAGAUGAUCGCUAUUUCUUGCAUUAUGAAGCUCCUAAUAUUUAUGACGAAGAUGGAUCAGAGAUUAUUGGGGCAAAGGAACAUUGGAUGCAAGUUAUUAAUUAUAUGAUCAACGAUUUUAAAUGGUUAAUUAGUCUUCCAUAUUUUAGAUUUUGGUCAAACAUUAUAUACAAUACAACAAUAAUGGAUGCAUUGGUAUCUUUGCUACAAGAAGCGCCGCCAUUUUACGCUUUAGAAAAUUUUCCAAACUGUCCAGAAAUGUUACAAUUACUAGAAACAAUCCGGUACUAUGUACUUGUUGUUUUCACACGUCUUAUUACGAACAAGGAAAGCUCCAUGGAGUACAUGCAACCUUCAUUUUUUGGGAAUUUACUCUAUGAAAAGUACAUAUUUACAGUACCCAUUAUAUUUGAUCUCUGUCAACUUUAUGGCAGGGAAAAUCCAAAAGUAAUAAAAAGGCUCUUACAAUGUUUAUUUGACUUAGAACCAGAAUACAAUAAUGAUUUUAAAAAAGCUGUUCCUUGUCUGAUAGAGGCUCUUCAAAAUGUUGAGACGAAGUUCGAUAAUUCAAUAGUACAUAAUGGAGCACGUUCAUUGACCCAGCAGGAUGCUGGUUACAAACAUCUGACAUUAUUUAAUUUAGAGGAUUUGAUAUUGUAUGUAUUAGAUAUAUCAUCAACGAUUACUGUAUUUUUAAAUAAUUAUCCUCCUGCAGUGAGUCUAUUUCACAAUGAGGAUUUUAUAAAAAAAAUCGUUUCAAUAUAUGAAAACACAAUACCUAAGAUGUAUAAGAACUUAGAUAAGUUAGGAUAUAAUGAUGAAAAUAUGCCGAAGUACAUAGAACUGAAACAUCGAUUGGAUGUAAUUAGGGUUGAAAUCAUAAACCUUUUUAGAAUUAUCUUAUUCAAACCAAUAGAAAAUGUAGUAUACAAUUCAAAUACUACAUCAGAGGCAGAUAUAAAGAAGCUUGUAGAAGAAUAUUUUGCUUUUUUAAUGUACGCCGUUCCUGAGAGAGAAUUCAUUACAGAUUAUGAUCAAUUUCAUCCAGUUAGACAAGACCUGGAUAUACUGACCAAUAUCUACCCUGAACUUGAUAUGAUACAACUUAGUUACAUAUUGAACCUGAUAAAAACGCCUGAAAAAUCUAAUGUUCCACCAAUUCCUUUGCUUAAUCAUAUAAAUGAACCUGUGGCAGGACCUAGCGGUGUUCAGAGUCAGCCACCGGUACGCGCACAUAUGGAACAUGUUACCAAUACGAAUGUUACCAAUACUUCAAAUAAAUCCAAACAUCGAUACAAUAAAGCAUGCAUGUCAUCCCUAGUUUCUGCAGUAAAAGAUGUUCUGAAUGAUCUAAAGGAAGAUUUCAUUAAGUUAUGUUUGGAACAUUACAAUUACAAAACUGAGUCCGUAAUAAACGCUAUAUUGGAAGACAAUUUACCAACCAAAUUAAAAUGCUUGAUGUCUGAGAUAAAGGAAAUACCAGCCGAGUAUAUGAACGUCGCAUUCGACGAAGAUACAGUUCCUAGUUUCGAAGCUCUCAAUUUCUCCGAUGACGACGACAACAUUAACAGAUAUGAUAAUGUUCAUAUUAAAACGCGUGAAGACAUUCCUGUGUCUAAGGAUUACAUCUUAAGAAAUUACAGCAACAUCUCGGAUGAUUACACCUACGAAGAUGAGUUCGACGAUACGUACGAUAAUCGCGAUGUACGAGGCAUAGAGAAUGACUCUGAACUUGAUGCCAGACGUUAUACUACACCCAGAGUGCUCCAAGGAAAACAAAAAAUUGAAACUGUCGAUGAAUCAGAUGAUGAUAAUGAUGACAGAGAGGCUGAACAAAAUGAUAAAGAUCAUUUUAUACAGAAUCCGGCUGAGUUACGCGCUAAAGCUGAACAGCGACGGCAAGCCAUGCGAGGUGGAAGAGGUGCAUCCAAUGUAAUUGGUAAACCGAAAGGUCACGGGCAAGAGAAGGACGUCUUGCGCAAUAGACAACAAAAGAACACCCAUAAGUCAACAGGUGCUAAUCACAACCGUCGUUCGGGCGCCCAAUGGAAAAGAAAUCAAGGAAUGGUUCCAUCUUAAGUGUACCUAACUUUUACAAUAUCAGUGUAAAUACUGCGAUGUGAUAAAUACAUUCGUACCUAGGCCACAAGA